AUGCACUCCACCUUCUGGUCCGUACAAGCUGGCUUCGAGGGUCAAGACGAAGUCGACGGAGCAUUUGGUCCUCGUUCGAGGACGGGAGGGCUCGGUGUUACUGACAUCUGCCUGAACGGACAGCGGCUCAAGCUUCACCCAGCCAGUGCCGAGUGUCCCCGCCGCCGCUACAUUGCCUCCCCCACCCUGGACUGCGCCGGCAGACUUCACGCGUGGGACGCCGAAGACCAAGACUACUGUCACCAACGGAAGGACCUAGACGACGGACUCUGGUACUGGGUACCGUGCGAGCAAAACCCCUGCCCGAACCGUCAUCACCGUCCUGCUCGGAUCAACUGGAACGCCUUUUCGGACGAGUUCAUCCCAGUCCCUGACUCCCCCGCUGCUGAGUCGCCCACGACUCGAUCCCCCAUCCCCGGUACUCCGACUGACGAGCUUGAAGUAGCGCUACUCAUCGCGCUUCCCCCAUCCCCUAUCAUCCCCCCAACCCGCCCACCGUCCGCUCCACCCAUCAUGGGACAACAAGGCGGACAACCGCAGACGACAGGCCCCGCCAACAACCCCCAGCAGGCCCAACCGGGCACCCAGACGGCAAUGCAACCCCCGGACCCCAUGACGGUAUUACUCCAGUCGAUGACCCUCCUCACUCAGUCCAUGGCGCAGCUCGCCAACUCGACCACUGGGGCCAACAGCCUGAAGGCGGUUCAGAAGCCCUCUCCCUUCAAAGGCGAACAGGGGGGCAAAGCACGACGCUUCCUGGCCGCGUUCACUCUCUGGGCCAUGUCCCAAGGAUCAACACUCAACCACGUGGACGCCACGGGCAACGCGAUCAGCGCGCGCGACGACCAGUGGAUUCGGGCA